CCGCUCGUCUCUUCUUUGCAGCAGAAACUUACCUGUUCCUCGGUCCAGUGCUGUACAGUCCACAGUCUCUGGUCAUCCCCUGUGCUGUCUGCAGUCUCUUGGCCAUCCCCUGUACUGUCCGCAAUCCCUGGUCAUCCCCCGUACUGUCCGCAGUCUCUUGGUCAUCUCCUGUACUGUCUGCUGUCUUUUGGUCAUCCCCUGUACUGUCCGCAGUCUCUUGGUCAUCCCCUGUACUGUCUGCAGUCCCUGGUCAUCCCCUGUACUGUCCACAAUAUCUUGGUCAUCUCCUGUACUGUCCACAGUCUCUUGGUCAUCCCCUGUACUGUACGCAGUCUCUGGUCAUCUCCUGUACUACGUCCACAAUCUCUGGUCAUCUCCUGUACUGCCCGCAGUCUCUGGUCCUCCCCU